AUGCUUAGAAAGAAUAGGUUCAAGAAGCAAGUCUUUGAUGAUAUCAAAAUUGAACGAGAGGUCGACAUGAGGAAAAGAAUCCAUUCCAUAUACAACAAAUCAGAGGAAGACUUUCCUGACCUAAAAGAAUACAAUGCAUACCUCGAAUACAUCGAGAAUCUCAUUUUCAACUUGUCUAAUGGAAUAGAUGUGGAAAAGACGGAAGAGGAGGUGAACAAGUACGAGGCUGACCAUAAGAUUGAGAUUCUAGAAAGAGCAAUGAGAGAGAGUGAAAAGGAUGCCGAUCUUACGAAAUAUCAGGAAGCAACUGAAAGGCUCAAACAGGAGAAGCUCAAAAUUCAAAGACAAAUGGAAAUGGAAGAUAUGGAAUUCCAGCAACAACAAAAACAAGAACUCAUGGAGAGAUUGUCAUCCUCUGACGCCAAUGCCGAAGAAAUUAUGAAGGAACAACGAAGCCAACAAGCCAAAAGGACAAAUCAACGUAAGAGACAAUUACAACAAAUUUCCAACCAAUUGGACCAGCAGUUUGCUUCUGCAAACGACGCUUCAAAGAAGGAGCUUGCAGGCAACAAGACACCAUUCACCCCAUUCCAAGGUGACAGAGACCUACAUAAACAGUAUUCAUUCUUGGGUGCCUCAGCCGACGCUUCCAAGGAGUCGCAAGAUGCAUAUUAUGACCCAUUUGUCAGCCAGCUUUCGAAGAACAAGGAAUACUUGGGAGGUGGCUGGCGUAUCGAGCAGGUUUUGGAGAGAGCAUUGGACGAGGCCUUCAUGGGGCUACACUGCUUUGUGGAGAAGGAGAAGCAACACGAGGCACCUACAGCUUAG